GAGAGAAAGAAAAUGGAGAAAUCUGUUCUACUGACUGCUUCUUCAGAGGAGACUUUGAUGGAGCUUUUCAUUCCAGAACUAGUUGAAAACUACGCUGGGAAUAAGAACAAAGAUGAAUAUAGGUUCCUCUGUGAUCAUGCUGGUCAGUUUAUGUGCAAAUUGACCAGUCUUGUGUUUGAGAUGGAUGGGAAAGGGGAAGUGCUGUACAGAAUAGAGUCCUGGGACAGCUGUGACUUGGAUGGACUAGGACACCUGCAGCUUGCAGGACCUUUGUACAGUAUCGCCUGCCAUGAAGGCUCUAUCCGUCAUCUGCAUCUUCCACAUUGUGAGAUCUGUACAGAUGAGGUUAAAUUGAUUUCAGCACAUGUGACUGGUGGUAAUGUGGAACUUAUUCAGCCACUAAAAGUAACAAACACACAUGUCAUCAUAGACAUUCAAGGUCUCUCCUUAUUUGGCCUCUUGAAACGUAUUUCCCUAAAAUUUCCCGUCAAAGCCCAAGUGAUUUUGUUCUACAAAAAAAAAUAUGGAAAUUCCAGGAAGAGUAAACUGCAUAUACAUCUUUUGCCAGGCAAUGUGCCAGUUGAAGAGGUGCACAGACAGCAUAGGAGCAUGACAUACAUUGAGACAAGCUCCAAAUGUAAACUGACUUCUGGCAAAAAAUACAAGCCAUGUUGUAAAGAUACUGACCAUGACUAUGUAUUACAACCCAGGAUUGAGAAGUUUGAUUGUGACUAUGGCCCAAACUAUCAUCCUACAUUUGAGAUGUUCUGUAAAACUGAGGUUGAUGAAGUCACUGUAGGUCUUUUGGAUGAAAAUGACCAGGAAGUGUGGCAGCCCCGUUUGGUCUUGCUUGCAGGUACAGCUGCAGCCACACCCACACCCACAUCAGAUACCACAGGUGCUGACUUUAUGGAUCGACACAUGGAACAUCUCAUUCAGAGAGUUUCUUCGGUAAUGGAGAUAGCAGACUGUUUAAAGAGCAAGAUGAUGAUUAGUAAUGAAAAGUACAAGGAAAUUCAUGCAGCAUCACCAUCAUGUGAGCAAAUGAGGCUCCUGUACAAAUCUCUCAAUACAGGAGUUGUGAAAGCAGAAGCCUAUAAAGUCCUUAAGGAGAAAGAGCCUUACUUAGUGGAUGAAUUGAGUCUGGAUUGAUCCUCACAAUUUUAAUUCCACAAUUUUAUUUGUAUAGACAUUAAGAUGUUUGAUAUAUAUUUUUAUGAUUGGGUUUUUAAUUUGUUAUACAGUAUUUCCUAACAGAGUAUAUCUUAUAUGUAGAACAGCAUCAUAAAUCUUGCUGUUCUGCGGAAACCUCCUAUGUCCAAAUUUUGUCAAUUUCAUAUUUUUUCGUAUAUCGAUGAUAUUGGUCAGUCUCCAUGUGGGUCUGUUAUUUUUACAAGUUAUGAACCAAUUUAAAGUCUUGAAAAUAGCUUGAGCACAAAUCUCUUAACUCCAUUGGACACUUCAACUGUCCACCUCUUCUUCACUCCGCGGGAGAGCUUAG